UUUUUACUUCAAACCCUGAUUUGGACAAAAAAAGUACUGUACUCUGCUUCACAUAAAAACAAAAACACCUCAGUAAUUUUCACCUUUCAAUCAACACUAAUUUACACCACAACAUUAAAAUUGUCAUUUUAAUUUACAUUUACAAUUUACAUUUACAAUUUACAAUUACUAUUAGCAAAUUAGUAACCUUUACCCAAACACCUUUACCAUAAUAUUGUGACAAUAUUACCAGUUUACCAGUUCACCAGUUCAACCAAUAUUCACUUUCUUUGUUUACUUCUUUGUUUGCUCUAUUUUUGAAUUGUGAUUUUUCAAUCUCAACAUUUCUUUCUAAUGGAUGAUACUCAAGACCAACAAGUUGGAGGUGCUUGUGCAGCUUCGAACCCUGAAAACGCACCCUCCGACCACCAUGAAUCCGAUGAAUCUAAUCCUGCAUCUAACCCUGAAUCUAACCCUGAAUCUAAUGCUGAAUCUAACGCUGAGUCUACCGCCGAGUCUACCACUGAAUCUUCAGAUUCCGAUCAAGGUAUCGUCGUGUCAGGUGCUGAGGGAGGAAGUGAUGGCAAGGAAAUAACUGGAAAAAUUGUACACUCAAGAGAGGAUUUCGAUGCUGAUCCAAAUGUCAAUUUAACCAUUGGUUCCUACAAAAUCAUUGCCAGGAAUGAAGCCUCUACACUCUACCAGUGUGUCAACAAUCUUUCCCCAGGCAUGGUUCACACUUGCAGUCUUGUCCAUCCUGAAGACAAAUUCAAAUUCAUGGCAGCUCAUGAAAGGGUUAGAGGUAAUCCUUUAGUCAACCAACUCCAUGAGGUUGUAACUGAAGGAGGAAAAAGUUUGGUCAUUUAUCAGAGCAACUAUGGCGAUUUGCAUCAUUAUUGUCUCAUCAAUAAAUCGCUCCCUGAACCUGAAGUUGCCAAAUAUUUUAAACAGAUACUCACAAUCAUGAUAGAUGUUCAUCGUGUUGGUAUAAUUCCACGAGAAUUGAAGUUGAAAAAAUUUGUCUUCGUAGAUGAGGAAAGGACAAAACUUGUUCUUGAUACUUGGGAAGAUUCAAUUUUAUUGACUGAUCCUGAAGAUGAUGCCAUUAUCGACAAGUGUGGUUGUCCACCUUAUGUUAGUCCAGAAGUGUUAACGUGUAAAGAGGUUUGUUACUCGGGUAGAAGGGCUAACUAUUGGACUCUUGGAGUCAUUUUAUACACAAUGUUGACCAAUCGCUAUCCAUUCUACAAUUCGCACAAUGUAAGUUCGAUGUUUAACAGGAUUAGUAAGGGUAUUUUCACCAUACCUGAGUAUGUGUCUCCUUGGGCGCAAACGCUUAUUAACGCCUUUAUUUGCGUUAAGCCUGAACUUCGUAUAACUCCUGAAGAAGCUCUUAAACACGAAUGGAUUCGCAUGCAUUGCGAUCCCAAUUAUGUGGCUCCUCCAACAAGUGAAGGUGAAGAGUCAAAUGGCGAUGCGUUUCCAGUACUCUUGCCGGAUCAUUUAGCUCCUCGCCUUGCUCGAGCUAACAUCGAUUCGCCACAAUCGUUCAUUUUACCUUAAUAAUGAUCAAUACUCACAUUUUUUACCAAGAGAAUGGUGAAAAUGAUCAAUGCGAAUACAACCUUUACUAACCUCAUGGUACAUGCGAAUGCAUAUGAAUAUCUAUAGCUUUUGAACAUUUACUAAUUCGUAUUUCUUUCGAUUUAUAUUAUGAUUUGAAUUGAAAUCAUUUUUCAAUCAACAAUUUCUGACAAGGUUUAAUCCAAUAUUCAAUUAUUAACUGCCAUUUAACUUUUUUUGACUUUGAUAAUAAUCGUCAAUGUAUAAUGUAUAUCAACCUUAUAAUGCUCUUAACCUAAUAUUUGGUAAUAUUUAUAACAUUUUUUGUCUGUGUAACCUUUUAAGCACUAUUAAAUGUCUUUGGCAAAUUAA